AUGGCUAAUUAAAAUAAUUAAAAGUUUCAUGUUUUCAUCACUUUCUUGUCUGUCUCUCAUCGCCGAUUUGUGAUUCACACUAGAAACGAGAGAGAGAGAGAGAGCGGCGAUCUCAAAGGCCGGCGCUGACCUUUAAGUCAUACACUGGGCUGAUCCCUCAGCAAAUGUAACUGCCUGCUGUUGAAGGAGGAGGUUUUCUUCUCAGCGUCCUCGUCUGGGGGAGACUACUAACCCCUUCUUCUCUCCGGUGAUAAAAAAAACCCAUGAGAGUUGUCCCUUUCAAUCAUCAUCAUUACCCUGACCCUCUUCUUCUUCAGCUGGAUUCCAUCAAGAACCGUGUUUCCCGCGGUUGCGCUUCCUUUUCUUGUUUUUCUUGUGGCUGCGGCGGAGGCGCUUCCGCGGGACCUGAUACCACCCCAUGUCCUCUUAAAGUAGAACAUCUGCAGCAUCCCGUUGUAUCCACGUUACUACCAGAGUCUGUUGCUGUUCCUGACAAUGACAAAGACAACGGCGCAAAUAAAGCUGAUGUUGUUGCUGUUUCUGAGAAGGACGAAGACCACGACUCAAAUAAAGCUGAUAAUGAGGAUGAUAACAGCAGCAGCAAAGAAGCUUUCAAACUCUCGUUGAGGAGCAGCUUGAAGAGGCCGCCGUCUGUUGUGGAGUCACGCACUCUUGAGGAUAUCAAAGAAGACGAGGAGACGUUGAGUGUCCAUGACAAUGCUAGCGGCCUCACUGGUUGUGGUGGUGGUGACGAGGAUAUGGGAAAGAGGAAAGUGAAGUGGCCAGAUGCUUGUGGUAGUGAACUCACUCAAGUUCGAGAAUUUGAGCCCAGUGAGAUGGGAUUAUCAGAUGAAGAAUGGGAGACGGGGCAACAAAGGACAUGUUCUUGUGUAAUCAUGUAGAUCAUCAGUCAUCACUCCUGUUACUUACUCACCUGUUCUUGUGUGUUUCGUUUCUCUCACAGUUUUCCAAGGAAAAAAGAAAGGGUGUAUUUAGGGUCUGUUUAUUACAAAAAGAGGUCUCACCAAGGUUUUGUUGGCGUGUACAUUUCCCCCUCCCGCUCCCCAUAUGUUUUGAGUGGCAAACUACUUUAUUCACUGUUUCCUUUUUCUAAUAAAAAACACACAAUAAGAGAAUGACAUCAUAUC